AUGGCAGCGCUCUUCCGCCGCUCGUCACGGCAGAUCUGCCACUGCCAGCGAUCCUUCUCGACCUCGACACCACUUGCGGUCAGUCUGCAAUGGGACAAGAAUGACGCGGAAGCAUUGAAGGAAGUCCUUCCUCCUUACCCGUACGGCGAGUCGCGCUGGUACAAGCAGUCGAAUCGAGGUCUGUACGGGGACCAGCGGAUGCAGACAGGCAACAAUGUCAGCGACAAGUAUGAGGUGAAGACGCGACGACAAUGGCACCCGAACAUCUUCACCCGGAAACUCUUCAGCCGAGCGCUCAAUCGCAAUGUACAAGUCCGUGUCAGCGCGCGAGUGCUGAGGACCAUUGACAAGCUCGGUGGACUGGACGAGUAUCUGCUGGGAGAGAAGGAAGCGCGGAUAAAAGAGCUUGGUGUAUCGGGUUGGUGGUUGCGCUGGGCGAUUAUGCAGACCCCCAGCAUCAAGAAGAGGUUCGCAGAGGAGAGAGUGCGGUUGGGUCUGCCAGCGCAGCGAGAGGACCUCGAGGCUGUGACGGAAGCCAUCGAAAACAGCACGCCGGACGAGGAGGCAGAGUUCCUCGAAGAGACAGAAUCUGUCAUCAUGGACGAUGCUUUCCAGGUCGACCAGGACGUGGCUACACCCAUUAUCAAGUUCAGAGUCGGUCCAGGCCAGCACGUGAUGCUCACAGCCGAUGGGUGGAGGAGAACAAGGCCAGACCCAUCAUACUUCAUCACCAAGAGGAAGGAGAGGAUUGCAUCGUCGGCCUUUCCAGAGUACGUCGAGAAGCGCAUGGAGGUCUUUGAGAAGGAACUUGAAAAGAGGCAACAGCGAGCGAAGGUUACAGGUCAAGGUGUGAUCACAGAUGAGGAGGUCAAGAUGCUGAUCAAAUCUACGCGGAGACAGCUGAGGGCAGAACUGAAAGAGAAGGUGGACACCAUGUACGAUGAGAAGAUCGCAGCAAAGGAGCGAGGCAAGGCGGAGAGGAAGCUCGAGAAGGAGCAGAAGAAGGCUUCUUCGGGGCUUCCGGAGCUGCUGGAAGUUUAG